CGCCGCCCGCAGAAGCCGCUUCCUCCUUUUACUCCUGCCACCACAAGCAGCACCCGCUGCCCGCCGGGUCCGAUCGAAUCGAAUCGUCCCCGGAGAACCACCGCACCACCACACCUUUCCCGCACAGAACGGAACAGCACAGAACGGAACGGAACAGAACAGGAUGUUCGUCCUGACCACCGUGACCGAUCGCAUCCGGGUGCCGGCACACAUGCUGGCGCUCCCGACGCUGACGGCCCUCCACAACGAGAUCGACCUGAAGUACCCCAACCGCGUGCUGAUGAACGUUGGGUUGGUCGUGUGCCGGUACGGUUCCUGCCUGAAAAUCACGAACGGUUCGUGCGUGCCGGGGGACGGGGGCUCGCACCACGAGUGCCUCUUCCGGCUCGUCGUCUUCCGGCCCUUUGUCGACGAGGUCUGCGUGGGGAAGAUCGUCAAGUCGACCCCGGAGGGCAUCCAGGUCAGCCUGGGAAACUUCUACCACGACAUUUUCAUACCGGCCUACUGGAUGCUCCGGCCCAGCCGGUACAGCGAGGAACUCGGGCUGUGGGUAUGGACGCCGGACUACGGCAACGAGGACGAGGACGAGGACGGGGAAAGCGGCGGCGACGACAACGGCGAAGGCGCGAACCCCGGCGCCGACGUCAAAAUGGAGGACGCCGGCCCUGCUUCCGCAACGAACGUAAAGGAAGAAGAAAACGAAUCCCCUCCCGACGAACAAAAGACGGGGGAGGAGGAAAACGAAGAAGAGACCGAAGAAUUCGAGAUGGAACUCGGAGCCGAGAUCCGGUUCAAGGUCAAGUCGAUCCACUUCACCCAGGUGACAAACACCGCAAAGGGUGUCCAGGCAACAACGACCACCACGGCCCACUCGCAGGAAAUACCAAAGGAAUCGGAAGAGGGGAAGUCCCCGGACGCACGGCCGCCGUCCCUCCGGAAGCGGAGCCUGUCGGUCGAGAUCAGCGACAUGUCGAAUCUGCCGGCGAGCAUGAAAAUUGUCGCUUCCAUAUGCGAGGACGGUCUCGGCCUCACGAACUGGUGGACCUCUGGGGAGGACGACGAGGAAGAGGAGGAGGAGGAAGAAAAAGAACAGCAAUAAAGUGUCUUUCUCCAACCACGGCUUCCGUCCCGUAAUCGCGGCUUGGAACUUGGUCGUUCCGGUCGAGGUGGCACCGUGUCCACUUGGUGGAUCUCGCAUGCCCGAAGAAAUGAAUGCACGGGUCCGCCUCGUCGAACCGGUUCCAUCGAGACCUCUGUAGCUUCGUGCGCCAUCUUGCUAACUAGAAAUAGAAUACCAAUAAGAAAAAAUGCAAUGCUUGCAG